AUGAGCGGUUAUCAGAAAAGAAAAAAUAAGAGACUGCGAGAAUUGACCAUAUCUAUUAUGAACCAUGGGCAAACCACUUUAUCUGACUUUUUUCACCGCAAUACAAAUGAGUCGUUCGUCAGAGGUGAAAGUGCAGGCUAAAUUGCAGAAUACCCGUCCACUUUUGAAGGUAUCCCUUGUUAUCAUGAUACGAUGCUACGAAGUGAGAAUGAUUAUGUAAUAACUAUAUGACCACGCUAUUAUAAAAGCCUGGGUAUAACCUAUAUUAAUAUAUUAUUGUGUGAUAUGAUGAUACGAAGUGAAAUAGCACGUAUACACAGUAUGUUUGCCUCGUUCUUUGAAAGACAUGUAUAUCUCUUUGUCUUGUUCUUUGAAAACCUUACCUGUGGGCCAUAUCUAAUUAUUUAUAAAUCCAAAAAUAUAGCUUACCCAGACUUUUAUAAUAGAGCAAUAUAUAGUUAUUACGUAAUAAUUUUCACUUCGUAUCAUCGUAUCAGCCAAAAAUAUAGCUUACCCAGACUUUUAUAAUAGCACAGUUAUAUAGUUAUUACAUAAUCAUUUUCACUUCGUAUCAUCGUAUCAGCCAAAAAUAUAGCUUACCCAGACUUUUAUAAUAGCGCAAAUAUAUAGUUAUUACAUCAUCCUUUUCACUUUGUAUCAUCGUAUCAGCCAAAACUAUAGCUUACCCAGACUUUUAUAGUAGCGCAAAUAUAUAGUUAUUACGUAAUCAUUUUCACUUCGUAUCAUCGUAUCAUGAUAACAGGUGAGGUCUUCAAAAGUGGACGGGUAUUCUGCAAUUGCUCCAAAGUGCAUCGACAUGCUCAGCUCCCGCUGUGUUGGAAACAAAAGAUGAUGGAUCUAAAAAUACAGCUGCUGAUGACGAUGAAAAUAGCAUUAAUUUCUCUAUUGUCGAUGACCUGGCAUCAGGUGAGGAAACAUCCGAAACGCCCAGCGAUGAACGGAACGAAGUUGAAUGUUGGUACAAAAACAAAAAAGUAAAUCUCAAUUGGCUGCUGGAAGCGAAAAAAUGUUUAUCUGUUUCGAAACACAAAUUUGGAGAUCGAACAAGACCAUCUGUGACUUGUUUAGUGUGUGCUUCUCACAAAGAACAUAUUAGGGGAUUUUCGAGUAAUGGUCAAGUGCCUUUGGCAAGAGGUAUUCAUGGAUUUCGUGCUGAUGGUAAUUAAGAUAGUUUGAUAAUAAUAAUUGAUCAUUUCUAAAAUGAAAAAGCAGAAGAAAUUUCCAACCUGACACAGAACUUUUUAAGGAUAGAGAAUAUAUGAGAAAAUUUUAUUGGGAAUCAAGUGGAUGUUUGUAAAUUACUUCUGUUUAGUCACUUUAGUGGAGAGUGGAACUGGAACACUUUCAACACUGCAUUUCAUUUACAAUCAUUUCACUAUUUUUUUGUAUUUUUAGUCAGACCAAUUGCAUCUGUUAGUGCAGCGAACUCAGAACUGGGAUUUGUCACCCAUGCCCUUGAUGGCAUGAUACGCCAGUACCGAAGUUAG